UAAAGCUGAUAAUAGGAUAUGAAACGCAUUAAGUAGCUAAUGAACCAUUAAAUUAAAAACUAUAUAAAUCCAUCAUUUCACUGGAGCAUUUUACUUUUUCCACAUUUUAAUUUCGCAAUUUUUAAAAAUCAUGUCAGCUUUGUCAUCUCCAAUUCCCCUCUUGACCAUGGGCCUCGUCUUGAUGUCGGUUUAUUUACAUCAUGUCGAAUUUUCGAACGCCCAAGCUCCAGAGAAAUCGUGCAAACAACUCCUCAGCGAGUUGACGAAGCGUCAAUUCUCUGCGAUUGCGAAUUGCUCGAAAUCCAUGAAAUUUAAAAAUGGGAAACAUAAAGCAACCAUGGGAAAUUGCAUUUUGAAGUGUGCGAUGGAAAAUGAAAACUUGGUGGAUCGCAAAGGUGAAGUGACCCGAGAGAUGAUUGAUACCCUGUUGGUCAAGGAGUUGCCACCUUCGUUAAUUGACCGGGCGAACGCUACUUUGGAACCUUGCGUUGCAAAAUAUAAGGGAACUUUAGACGCGAAUCCGGAAACUGAUCCGUUAUGUGCUACCUACGAUCCCGUCAUUAAGUGUGUUCUGUCUGCAUUACCGAAUUUUUGUCCAAACUAACUUACGCUAAUUUGCAUAAAGCGAAGAAACACAUGUUAUUGCAAUGAGGUAAUCCGGAUAAGUUUUUGGAAUUACAAAUUACAAGUAAAUAAAAAUAAUUUAAUUUCUCGCAUUAUUAAA